AUUCACACACCCUUUCAUCUCUCUCUCUCUCUAUAGAUUACUGAACAACUUUUCAACUUUUUAAUGCUUUCUACUGAAGUCCUCUCUCUCAGAUCCUUCUUAGCUCUUCUUCUCUAACCUUCUUUCAGUUAACUGAAUCUUGAUUUCAUUUCUUCUUAGUCCUCUCCAUUUUAUGAUUCACUAGUGGAGGGUUUAGGGCUUUUACCAUCUUCUUGAAUUCUGGUAAAGGAACAAACUUUUUUUUAGGGACAUGAUUCAGUUACUGUUUCUGGUUCUGUUCGUGGAGGGUGCGAUUGCAUUCUUGCUGCUGAUUAAGAUUGGCCCAUUGAGGGAGCUUGUGAUUAAAAGCCUUGACCAGAUGAAGAUGGGGAAAGGUCCUGCCACUGUGAAAACCAUAGCUGGAACCAUGUCUGUGAUCCUCUUGUCUAAUCUCAUGAGCAUUGUUAAGAUCCAGAACAAAGGUGCAAAGCUUGGGACAAUGUCUCCCAUGGAUCAGGUUCUUUGGAGAACCCACUUGCUUGAAGCUUCUCUAAUGGGAGUCGUACUUUUUCUCGGUUUCAUAAUUGACAGGAUGCACCACUACCUCAGAAAGCUAAUCAAUCUAAGAGGCAACGUUGGUUCAUCUAAGGAAGAACUUGAAGAGCUCCAGAAAGAGAGAACCGAACUAAAGGAGAAAGAGGACAAAGCGUCCAAAGAAAUCAAGCAGCUGCAAGAAAAGCUGUCAUCUAUGACAGAGAGACUUAAGAAAGCAGAGACCGAGUCUAAAGAGAAAGAGAAGAAGCUGGAAACCGCUGAAACACAUGUCACGGCUCUCCAGAAACAAUCUGCAGAGCUGCUUCUGGAGUAUGAUAGAUUGCUAGAAGACAAUCAAAAGCUACAAAGCCAAAUUUUGGGACAAACAAAAGGCUGAUGUUUAGAUUGUCAUUUAACAAGUGCUUAGUUUUUUUCUUUUCUGGAAAGUGAACAAUGGUGAAUUGGUGACUGAGAAGAGAGAUUUUCGUUAAUGGAGGAUUCCUUGCAUCCUCUUUGUUUUCAGUAUAAGAAUGUUGGGUGGCUUCUGAAACCUGUACUUGGUAUCUCUAGGAACUCUUUGCAAUGUGUCAGACAGUUUUAUCAAAACCCUGUUUGAGUAUGACAAACGAAGAUCAU